CAGAAACUGACAGACUAGCCUGCAUAGAACAAGGAAUUUACUGUAAAGACACAGGGUUGCUCUGGAGGGUUAAGGAAAAGCUAAAGAAUUGGGCCAGGAAGGGCGGAAACCAAGGUAACCAGCAGCUGCGUCUUCAGGCACUGCCGGAGAAAUCAGCGCCCCUCCUUUGCUGCCUCUCUUGUUCUCCUCGGCCGACUUCCCGGGAGAAGGUUUCUCAUCGGCUUGGCCUUGCUCGUUGCCUGCCCCUGAGCGAGGGGAGAGCAGCACAUCAGCCUGCACUUGGGGGCGAGGGGGCUUCUUCCAGAGCCAGAUCAGGGGUCCUCGACUGGCAGCAGGAGUGGCUACCGGCUGGCUGGAGCCAGACGAGAGAGGCUGCUCUAUCAAGGAAGGUGCCAUGAAGAGCCUGCGCUGUCGCAGUAGUCCCCGGGCUGGUGGAGCAGAGGGCACCCCGUAAACCAAAACGAGACCUUCCCUAGAGAGACUGAAAGGCCGUGAGAUGGGAUCCAAGGGAGAGACAUUACUGCUCUUGAAGGAUCAAGUAAAGGAGGCUAGCUUUGAAAUCUGAGGAGCUUUAGAUAAUUUCUGGAUAUCUGCAUUGUCACCUAGUGAGUGAUGAUAAGACCCAAACUCAGAGCCGACUUCCUGUCACCAUCUAAUAGUAAAAUCAAACAGAGAGAGUCUGGGCGAAAUCCAGAGGUGAGAGUUGGGUUGAAUGCUGUGUGCGUGUUUAUGCUCCAAAGUCAAAUGUGGGUGGAUGCUCUGGUUUUCUCACUAGGUGUUUGCUUUCUGUUAUGGGCGUUCCUCCUCUUGUCCAGUGUCAUGGUUCGGACUACAUAAGCAGUCCCCAACAUUCCAAACGAUUGUGUGCCCAGAGUUCAGUUUUGGGUUAAUGUUUUGGAGGUAAAGAGACAUUUUCCUAUAGAACUGGUAGUAAGGGGUUUGUUGGCUAGUCUUGGAGCAAAUUUGAUAUUUAAUGUACCUUAGCCCUGGUACCAGCCUGAGUUUUAGUCUCCAAAACUUGAAAGGCGGCGAGGUUGUUUUGGUCUCUUCCCAUCUCCCUUUCUGGGCCCCUCACUCACCACCUAGUGUCCUUUUAUCUGAAUGCUUAGCUGUGCUUUGCUUUCUUCUGUUUAUAUCCCCAGGAUGCUCUGUAUUCUCAAAUUGCCUACCUUCCCACCAUCCCCUUAACAAUCUUAACUCCCUGCCAUGGAUCUAACAUUGCUAUAGGAGGAAAUUGUUUGUAUGGAAUUAAUUCCUGUUAAGAUAUGAGUUCCCUUCCCCUCUUAGCGUUUAGUACCUGAGGAAUUUGAGGUCGUGCUAUGCAAUAAUUUCCUGGCCUCCAGUUUUCAAGGGCUUUGUGGCUGUUCUGGGAGGUUGGACCUUCGGGCCGGGGCAGGCUUAGCCCCUGGCCGGGUCGGAGGUGUGUUUCUGAAGAGCGUCUGCAGUGGGGAUGCGAGGAGUGGAAGCUUUGGGAUGACGCCACAGUCAGGGAAUGUGUGCUGCUGGAGAACAAGCAGCUGGCCAGCUCACUCAUCUCUUGUGAUACGUGACAUAUAGCAGCCCACGUAAACCUUCAGGAAAAGGAGAGAGGAAGGAAGUAAAAUGCGUGCUUGCCAUAUAGGAAACACUGGAUCUACUAGGAGCCUGCAAACAUGUUACGUCUUGUCUUCUUCAUGAAAUCCUCUGUGGUCAGAUAGUAUCAGAAAGGCCGAGUGGUCCUUACCAGGUUACUUACCUAAUAGGUGGCACAGCCAGGACUGGCGACAGAUCAGCCCAGGCGAUGGAGGGACUACUGCAUUACAUCAACCCAGCGCACGCCAUCUCUCUCCUGAGUGCCCUCAACGAGGAGCGCCUCAAAGGACAGCUGUGUGACGUGCUUCUGAUCGUCGGAGACCAGAAAUUUCGAGCUCAUAAAAAUGUCUUGGCUGCCAGCAGUGAAUACUUUCAGAGUUUAUUCACAAAUAAGGAGAAUGAGUCACAAACUGUAUUUCAGCUUGACUUUUGUGAACCAGAUGCUUUCGAUAACGUUCUGAACUACAUUUAUUCUUCAUCUUUGUUUGUUGAGAAAGGCAGCCUUGCCGCUGUGCAAGAACUGGGCUACAGCCUUGGGAUUUCCUUUCUGACUAACAUCGUUUCUAAAACACCUCAAGCCCCCUUUCCAGCAUGUCCCAACAGGAAGAAAGUGUUCAUAGAAGAUGACGAAAACAGUUCUCAAAAGAGAAGUGUCAUUGUUUGUCAAAGUAGAAACGAAGCACAAGGGAAAACUGUCAGUCAGCAUCCAGCCGACGGAAGCCAUACUUCCCGGCCUGCACCGAACCUUGCCGUCAGGACCAGCACCAGCAAGCCGCAUGUUCCCAAACCGGUGGAGCCGCUGCACAACUUGUCAUUGACUGAAAAGACUUGGCCAAAAGAUAGUUCUGUAGGGUAUGCAAAGUCUCUCGAGCAUUCUGCAUCUGUGGAUGAUCCUAACAGAAGCAGUUUGGGGAAAAGGAACGCAGUGCUGCCUUCAAAGCCGCUACAAGACAGAGAGGCAGGGGAUGAUAAACCUGGUAUGAGUGGUCAGCUGCCCAAGGGAAAAGCCAUAGAGCUGGCUUUGAAAAGACCACGGCCACCUGUUUUGUCUCUUCGAAGCUCAUCAGAGACUCCGUAUCUGUUGAAAGAAACUAACAAAGGAAGUGGUCCUGGCGAAGAUAGAAACUUGCUGUACUAUUCAAAGCUGGGGUUAGUGAUCCCAUCCAGUGGGUCUGGUUCUGGAAACCAAAGCAUCGACAGAAGUGGCCCUCUUGUCAAGAGUCUCCUCAGGCGGUCAUUGUCGAUGGACAGCCAGGUUCCUGUCUACUCACCCUCAAUAGAUUUGAAAUCUUCCCAGGGGUCAUCUUCAGUGUCAGUCGACGCACCAGGGAAUGUGUUUUGUGCUUUAUCUCAAAGGUCAUCUUUAAAAGAUGGCGGUGAAAAAUCAGCCCUGGAUGACCGGACUCCAGUCCCGCAGCCGCACCGCCUCCGGUCCUUCAGCGCUUCUCAGUCGACAGAGAGGGAGGGAGUGCCCCCCGUCACAGAGGUCCGGAUCAAGACCGAGCCCCGCAGCCCGCUGUCGGAUCCCUCGGACAUCAUCCGAGUCACCGUGGGCGACGCCACAGCGGCCUCCUCCAGCACAAGAGACCUUUCUCUGAAAACAGAAGACGACCAAAAAGACAUGAGCAGACUGCCAGCCAAAAGGAGGUUCCAGGCGGACAGAAGACUGCCGGUUAAGAAGCUCAAGGAGGAUGGGCCCGGUUCUCCGGGGUCGGCAGACAAUUUGGAGGAAGGCUCAAGCCCCGCUCUCCUCGAGGCAGAUUUUCCAGAUUCUGACUUGAAUAAAGAUGAAUUUGGUGAGUUGGAGGGAACAAGACCAAACAAAAAAUUUAAAUGUAAACAUUGCCUUAAGAUCUUUAGAUCAACAGCAGGUCUUCACCGGCACAUUAACAUGUACCAUAACCCAGAAAAGCCCUACGCUUGUGACAUCUGUCACAAGCGGUUUCACACGAACUUCAAAGUGUGGACACACUGUCAGACACAGCACGGCAUAGUGAAGAACCCAUCACCAGCCUCUAGUUCACAUGCCGUUUUGGAUGAGAAGUUCCAAAGAAAGCUGAUUGACAUAGUGAGAGAGAGAGAGAUUAAGAAGGCCCUGAUCAUUAAGCUCAGGCGCGGCAAGCCCGGCUUUCAGGGCCAGGGCGGCUCCCAGGCCCAGGUCAUCAAGCGGAACCUGCGAUCACGAGCCAAAGGGGCGUACAUCUGUACGUACUGUGGAAAAGCCUAUCGCUUCCUCUCGCAGUUCAAGCAGCACAUAAAGAUGCACCCGGGAGAGAGGCCCGUUGGCGUCCACAAAAUUGCUAAGCCAAAAGAGCAUGUUCCUCUCGAGAGUCCGGUAGCAAACAAGGAGGUUUACCAGUGCCGCCUCUGUAAUGCUGAGCUCUCUUCUCUUCUAGAGCAAGGAAACCACGAGCGCCUGUGCCGCAACGCGACCGUUUGCCCCUACUGCAGCCUUAGGUUUUUCUCGCCCGAGCUGAAGCACGAGCACGAGAGCAAGUGUGAGUACAAGAAGCUGACGUGCCUCGAGUGCAUGCGCACUUUCAAGUCCUCCUUCAGCAUCUGGCGGCACCAGGUCGAGGUCCACAACCAGAACACCAUGGCGCCGGCCGAAAACUUCUCCCUCCCCGUCCUGGACCACAAUGGUGAAGUGAGCGCGCCCUCCAGGCCCCAGGCCCCGCCCGAGCCCCGGAACACCAACCACCUGGUCGCAGCGAAAGACGACAACGUGUUCAGCGACUGUUCCGAGCAGGUGAACUUCGACUCGGAAGACUCCUCCUGUCUCCCCGAAGACCUGAGCCUUUCGAAGCAGCUGAAAAUCCAGGUGAAAGAGGAGCCUGCAGAGGAGGCUGAGGAAGAGGCGCCCGAGGCCAGCGCCGCCCCCAAGGACGCGGCCUCCAGCGCGGACCCCGGCCUGUGGCCCUGCGAGAAGUGCGGCAAGACGUUCCCGGCGCACAAGCAGCUGGAGCGGCACCAGGAGCUCCUGUGCUCCGUGAAGCCCUUCAUCUGCCACGUCUGCAACAAAGCCUUCCGCACCAACUUCCGGCUCUGGAGCCACUUCCAGUCGCACAUGUCUCAGGCAGCAGAGGACCUGGCGCACAAGGACUCGGACGCGUGCCCUGUCCCCACAAACUCUCCGUCGCCGCCGCCUCUGCCCCCACCGCCACCGCUGCCCAAGAUCCAGCCCCUGGAGCCUGACAGCCCCACGGGGUUGCCAGAGAACCCAGCCCCCUCCACGGAGAAGCUGUUUGCGCCCCAGGAGUCAGACACGCUUUUCUACCACGCCCCGCCCCUGUCAGCAAUCACCUUCAAAAGGCAGUUCAUGUGUAAACUUUGCCAUAGGACCUUCAAGACGGCAUUCAGCCUCUGGAGUCACGAACAAACCCACAAUUAAAGGGCCGCCCCUUCUUACCUGUGACGAAGCGGGGGACGGCCUCCUGGUUCCAGCCUGCAGGGUGAAAUGUGUCAUAAGAAACAAAAUAUUUUUAAAAAAGAAUAAUAAAGGUUGGAAAUUGUUAUGCUUGAAUGUAAGUGUGAGGUAAACUGGUGUUAAUUAGUAAUGUCCUUACUCCACUUAGAAACUGAGAAACAUCGUGCUUCUGGACCUCUUCGCCGCAGGGCGGUGCAACUUCAUUACUGUUGACAUUUGGUUGAUCUCGGUUGUUUGCAUGGUCCCCUAUCCAUGGUGUCAGUAUAAUCUUUCAAUUGAGGUUGUUUUGGUUUUUUACUGAUUUGCAAUUAGUGGAAUACUAUUAAAGUAUUUCUUCCUUUGAUUAUAUCAGACACCUAAGUUCUACUUAAAUCUUAGCCAUGUUCUUAAGUCCAAAAUGUAUCAGGAAGAAGUGGAAUAGUUUGCAGUAUUGGUUUAGAUCUUAGAAUACUUUUUAGCAAUAAGAAAAAUGAUAAACCUCAACUUUUGUAAGUUAUCCUGACACUUGAUAAAAAUAAAUAUUUGGUAUUUUGUGGUCAUGUAGAACUUUUUUUUGUAUGAAAAUUGUGAGAAAUUUAAAUCAGCAAUAGUAACACUUAAAUUUUUAUAAAAUAACUUGCUCUUGGGUCAUUUACUAUAAUUAAUGGUGGAAGACUUGGGAAAUAAAAAGAUUAAGAUUUCCAGAAGGCCUCCCGGUUGGUUUACAAAAGCUUCAGUUGCGACAGGCAUUACGAUCAAAACUGCUGAUCGUGCUGCGUGUGCACGGCACACUUCUAAAGUCAGAUCGGCAUUGGAAGGGCUGCACACGUGUGCUUUCCUGUUUGAUGCUGUCACAAACUGAAAAUCUGAGUGUGUUUGGGACAAAAAACAGCAUACAGCAGUAGUUUCGAACUUAACAACGUUGGUAUCACAAAUAAGGUAGGACGUAGACUGACUAAGGCUCCGGGCCCCUGGGGUCAGUGGGGCCGCUCUCAGUCCUGAAUUCCCGCUGACUUCAGGGACGGGGAGCAGAGGGAGAGCGAGCACACUGCAGUCCCACAGGCUUUUCAGAACAAUGGACACAAUGCACAGUUUCCUGCCUCUGUCUUGCGAUGAUUUCUGUUAGCACUUGUUGGCGUUUAUCGUGGCAAAACGCCCAUAGUGAAGCCAUUCUGCUUUACGUCACUGCUUGAACUUUCAUACAUAUGUGUUCAAGUGCUGUCAAGGGUCCAAAAUUAGUUUCUGCUACUCAUUUUGGUACAUAGGGUUUGGUCUUCUUUUUCUUUCCUGUUCUAAGUUGUCAUUAAAAGCCUUUCAGUAGGUGUUGUCCAGAGUUCAAUGGGGCGUUCAAAAGGGAAAAUUUUUAUUUUACUUGAGGGUGGCGUAGAUACAUACAAGUAGAAAUAGUGUUGAAACUACACAAUCCUUUUAAGGUAGUGAUAUGGAUUAAGACUCCGAGUUUAUUAAAUUUUUUUACAAGCUCUUCUUUCAAAUAAAAAGAAUCUCUUGUGACGAAGAAAUAAUUUGCUGAGUUACUUAAAUUUGUCCUCUCGCAGAAAAGAACUCUGUACUCAUCAAUCUCAUUACCCACAUUCCAUUCCAGUGGAAGGAAAGAUAUUUUUAUUGAAACCCAAGCAUUUUUGUAAAAUACUAAUUGACUUUGUACAUCAUAGAAAUUUUGCCUCUCAUUCUUUCAUUUGAAAACUAUUAAA